AAAUGGGUACUGUAAAAGACGAAGCGGAAUGGAAUUAAAACAAUUUGUGGAGGGGACAGCGGUCUGUCAGUGAAGUAGGAAGAAGAAGACAGAAGAGUGGUGAGGGUUUUGUACCUGAGUUCAGCAGGUGAUGGAACUGGAGAGUCCUAAAUUUGAAUCAGUUGAAAAUGAAAACUUGGAGAACUGGCAGUUCAUUGGCUCCGGUGGAUUUGGUCAAGUCUACAAGGCUAGACACAAGAAGUGGAGGUGUGACGUGGCCAUUAAGCUACUUCAACAUGCUGCUGGGGACAUAGAACUGUGUGAGGAGGCAAAUCAUAUGGCCAAAGUCUCCUUACACAGUUCUGUGCUGAGGCUUUAUGGAAUAUGGGGAUGUCCACCAAAUGGAGGGCAGAACAUUCAGCUGGGAAUUGUUAUGGAGCUCAUGGAUAGAGGAUCUGUUCAGACCCUGCUGGAGACUUUGUCAGGUCCACCACCAUGGCCUCUGGCCUUCCGCUUGGCCUACGAAAUCGCUCAAGGAAUGAACUUCCUCCAUGAGAAGAACGUUUUGCACCAUGACCUAAAGCCAAGCAAUGUACUGCUGGAUGAUGACCUUCAUGCCAAGCUGGCAGAUUUUGGUCUGUCCAGGGUUUCCACCAGUGUUCUGAUGAGCUCUGAAGAAAUGUCCACAGUGAAAGGAGGCACAUAUCAGUACAUGCCUCCAGAGUCUUUUGAUCCAUCAUAUAAGCCUGUUCGUAAAUUUGACAUAUACAGCUAUGGUAUUCUUCUGUGGUCUAUUAUUUGCGGGAAAAAGCCUUUUCCAGGUACAAUGAAUGGAUUUCAGUUACUUAUCAUUUUCCAUAAAUUUCUCUAUGUUUGUGUGUUUGUUUUUCCUCAUAAGUUUCCAGUUUUCUGGUCAAAUAUUUGCCCUUCUUUAAAAAAAAAAGUUUUCAUUUAUAUUUUAUGUUUUACAUUUAAUAUAACUAUUAUCAAUACAAUGUGAGGCACUUCCAUAAAAACAUUCUCUCG